ACAUUUUUCGACUUUAAAUUCAAUAUAAGUUGAUAUUUCAAGCCGGUUUCUUUUCGGCUAGUUAAUCAAAUUUUUCAAAUGUUUAGAAUCGAAGAUAUUCAAAAUCUAAUCGUUGAUAAUUUUCAAAGGAAUGGAGGAUCUGGUUUGAUUAGUAUUUUACCCUUAGAUAAUAUCCCCGUUGAUAUUCCAAAUUCAUGGAAAUACAAGCCAACUUGUAUGCCAAUUGAGUACAAAAGUCGAGCGGAUGCUUUUGCUAAUUUCAAAGUUCGCAAAGAUGAUAUCUGGAUUGUUACCUAUCCAAAAUGUGGGACAACAUGGGCACAAGAAAUGAUGUGGAUGUUAAUGAACGAUUUGAAUUUUGAUGAAGCCAAUUCAGUGGAUAUAACAGAAAGAAGCAUUUAUUUUGAAUUUGAAGGUAUGAUUCCGACAGAUGAAUGGAAGCACUUUUAUUUAUUGAAUAAGCAAAAAUCACCAAGAGUAAUAAAGUCCCAUUUGCCAAUUAGUUUACUCCCCAGAGACAUCUGGCGGAAAAAGUGCAAAAUAGUUUAUGUUGCUAGAGAUCCUAAAGAUGCGAUUAUUUCAUUUUAUCAUCAUUUUACUGGAAUGACUCCUUAUAAAGGAAGCAUCGAGGAAUUUACCGAAGGAAUUCUAACAGACAAUAUGAUUUAUUGUUCCUAUUGGAAUCAUGUUCUUGAAUUUUGGUUAAUUCGAGAACAACCAAAUAUUCUCUUUUUAACUUUUGAAGACAUGAAAAAGGAUUUAAGGACGAUUCUAGAAGUAACAUCAAAGUUUUUGAAAAAGGAAUACACAGAAAAUCAAAUUUGUUCAUUGAUGGAACAUUUGUCAUUUGAUAAUAUGAAAAAAAAUUCAACAUGUAACAACCAGGGUUUGGUAAAGGCUUUAUAUGCCGUUAGCAACUAUGAAUACGAUGAAAAAACAUCAUUUCAAUUUAUGAGAAAAGGACAAGUUGAAGGAUAUAAAAAGGAAAUGUCAUCUAGUUUUGUAGAAAGGAUAAAUUCAAAGACGAAAAAAUUGUUUGAGCCAUAUGGUCUUAAUUUAUAUUAUGGUGAUUCAUGA